CGUCGCCGGGCUGCGCCGCUCGUGCCGGGACGCGCCUCCGCGCUCCUCGCCGCCUCUUCCCGCGCGGCCGUCGCUCGCCUCGCCGUCCGCGCACACACCAUGACGAAGAAAGAGAAGAAGUCCUUCAACCAGAGCCUGGCUGAGUGGAAGCGCUUCAUCUACAACCCGACCUCCGGAGAGUUCCUGGGGCGCACCGCCAAGAGCUGGGGUUUGAUCUUGCUCUUCUACCUAGUUUUUUAUGUGUUUCUGGCUGCACUCUUCACAUUUACGAUGUGGGUUAUGCUUCAGACUCUGAAUGACGAGGUCCCAAAAUACCGUGAUCAGAUUCCUAGUCCAGGACUUACAGUUUAUCCAAAACCAUUGAGUGCAUUGGAGUACACAUUCAGUGCGUCUGAUCCAGAAUCCUACAGAGAGUACGUUGAAGACCUUAAGAGUUUUCUAAAGCCAUAUACUUUAGAAGAACAGAAGAAUCUCACGGACUGUCAUGUUGGCGGAGUACUCUUUGAACAGAAUGGUCCAACUUACACUGCUUGUCAGUUUCCUGUUUCCUUACUUGAAGCAUGCAGUGGUCUGAAUGACCCUUCCUUUGGUUAUGCCCAAGGAAACCCUUGUAUUCUUGUGAAAAUGAACAGAAUCAUUGGAUUAAAGCCCCAAGGAACACCAAGGAUAGAAUGUAUUCCAAAGGAAGAAAAUGUAGCAGCCAUAUCAACUUAUCCUAAUAAUGGAACUAUAGACUUAAAAUAUUUUCCUUACUAUGGAAAAAAAUUACAUGUGGGCUAUCUGCAGCCACUCGUUGCUGCCCAAGUCAUUUUUCCUGCUAACAGUACCAAGCAAGAAGUAACGGUUGAGUGCAAAAUUGAUGGAUCACCCAACCUAAAAAGUCAGGAUGAUCGUGACAAGUUUCUGGGACGAGUUGCCUUCAAAGUCACAGCACAUGCAUAGUAUGAGUAGGAUUUCGCCACAGAGUACAUGUUGUGUUUGUCUUCAUUUUUUUAUCAGCUGGACUUGCCGUUGUAGAAUUCCGAGACUGCCAGAGAAAGGUGGUGCGUGGUACAUGUACUGGGGUAACGUAAUCAUGUGCUUCCAGAUCACAGUGCUCAGUGUCCUCCAAAGUAACUGCCUGUUGCCUCUGCUGCCCUGGGACCCAGUGUACAGCUGUCAGCCAGGGACUGGAGCACACCUGACUCCCAGCAUGUAGGAUGAGGGACCUCUCCUCAAGUGGUUUCAUUGCCAAGUGUCUAAAGCUUCAUGUACUGUGCUAUGUAAAUACUUUAUGGAUUUAACACUGGUUAACUCAUAUUCUGAUGCCAACAAUUUUAGGAAUAAAAUGGUACCUGGCCAACAUCAAGUGACUUGAUAGCUGCAAGAAAUGUAGUGUGGGGAAAGUUCUGUUUGUGAACAAUAAAAAGUAAAUAAAAGUGGAUUUGAAAAA